GCAUGAUUCCUCGGCAUAUGUUACACCUGCCUAAUCGGUGCGACUGAUCUUCAUACCGCAUCGUACGGAAUGCUGACGGUGACGGCGAAGCAUGUCAAAGCGACUUGGUGAUACCUUUCGAGUCUCACGCACAGGUGCCGCCCAUAUAUCCCGCUGUCUUCUGCACUUGGCAGAAGGUGGUGUUUGCCCGAGCCCGUUGACAGAAUGACCUGAACGGAGCUGCUUCACUUGCUGUGUCAUUCACUCCUCAACUUUCGUUAGUAGGCCCGUUCAACACCUGAGCCUACACAUUCACGACCCUGCUUUGUUCUCCUUGCUUUGAGAACUCUGCUUUAAACCACCAUUCCUUCCACAUCGUUAUCAUGAUCCGGUCAUCGACAGGUCGAUUCGCCGCGAUAGCGAUAGUUUUUCUCUUCAUUGUAGCACUUUUUCAAAACAAUGACGCAGGAACAUACGCCUUCCUACCCUCUCUAUCUCGGUCAUCGAAGCUGCCCUCAUACCCACCAACAUGGCUGCGCGAACGCAUGGCCCUCUCGGAAAAAUCAUGGAUGAAGAGCGUAGAGCUGCGCGAGAAAAUGGCGCAAUCGCAUCCAGCGAACCCUAAGAUUCCUUUCUUUCCUACCGACUUCUUGAAGUUCCCUUUCACUAUUUGGGAUUUCUUCCCAGCGACCUGGACCUGCCCGCAUGACUUCCAGCGGGUCGGCCGCCUCGGUGAUGGAGGCAAAUGGGUUUGCGGGAUGAGUAUCUACGAGAGCCUACCCGAGCCAAAGCCUGUUAGCGCCGAGGCCGUCGAGGUUCGCGAACCAGCCAUCGCAGCCGCCGAGUCUGGUAUUGUCGUGUACAGCUUCGGAAUCAAUGGCGAGUCAUCGUUUGAAGCUGAGAUGCUCGAGCGUGUUCCCAGCGCACGUAUCUGGGGCUACGACUUCUCCGUCGACGGAUGGGGAAAGCAGAUCCCAACGACCGAACGACACCGCACCUUCUUCAAGAAGGUUGGCCUCGGCAAGGACGACAAGCACAAGGCGUCGCCUGCGUUCUGGACACUGCCGGCGCUGAUGAAGGAGAACAACCAUACAUACAUUGAUAUCUUGAAGAUCGACAUCGAGGGCAGCGAGUACGAUGCACUCGACACAUUCAUGGAUGCAUUUGAUGGCGUCCAAAGUGCGAGCGGCAAGAGCGUACUCCCUAUUGGCCAGGUUAUGAUUGAGCUGCAUCUAGGCAACGGGGAUUCUGCCGACGAGAAGGUCGACUUUGAGAGGUUCAGGAAGUGGUGGGAGAGGCUCGAGAGGAUGGGCAUGAGACCUGCUUGGAUCGAGAUCAACCUGUUCGCUGUCACGCUGGGCAAUGCCAAGAGCAACCCCAGGUGUACUGAGUACGUCUGGGUCAAUGCAAAGGAUGAGAGGAGUGUACUGUGGAGACAGUAGAGCGCUGUGGAGUUGAUAUGGCUGGUGUCACAGUUGAUUAACAUGCAUUAAAUGGAAGUGUUAUUGCUCAGGAAAGGAUGACACAUUUCAUGUUGAUUGUUACGCAGAACUGCAUAUACGCAAAAUCCCCG